UUCCUAUCCCACGCUAGAUGCUUAGGUUAGCUACAUUUAGCAUAUUUAGCUAUUUAGCAUAUGCGUUUUGUUUAGGCGAAUACAGUCACACAUUAUUAUGUAUCCUUCAUAAACAUUUAUCAACAGCUUUUUGGAUUUUUAUCUCGGAGUAAAUUGUUCGGGGUUUCAUUGAGUGACAGCCAUGGCAAAUUUAUCCAGUUAUGCCGUGCGCAUGGCUCGCCUCAGUGCCCGCAUCUUUGGUGACGUGGUGCGGCCUACAGACUCCAAAUCCAUGAAGGUGGUACAGCUGUUCAAAGAGCCGCCUAUGGCACAGAAGAAAGAGGUGUACGACUGGUACCCUCAGCACAAGAUCUACUAUUCCCUGACCCAGAAACUCAGAUACAUGGGGCUCUUCAGAGACGAGCACCAGGAUUUCAAGGAGGAGAUGCGGCGUCUCAGGAAACUGCGAGGCAAAGGAAAGCCCAAAAAAGGAGAAGGAAAGAGAGCCAUGAAGAAAAAAUAAGCAAGAAGAUGCUGUGUUUAAGACCCCCUUUUAUCAGGAGUUUUGAAGAAUUCCUGCAUAUUUCAGAGGACAUUCAUGUGUUUGGAUUUAGUGACUGUCCCAUCUUUCUGCUGCUUCAGAGAAUGCAGAGAUGUGAAUCCUCAGCAGGCAUCGGAGAGAAUUCCGUUAUCAGCUUGAGUGUUACUCAUUUUGUCGUGGAAUAAAAUAUUCACUUUGAUAUUAA